AUGUCGUUCCUUUGCAGGCUCAUGCCCCGAGCCUUCAGAAGGCGCACAGGCUCCAAAAUGACUGCCGUUCACAUGCCGAGAAAUGCUGCCACAGCGACCCAGACGACAACAGCAGCCACAUCAACACCAGCCAACAUCAUCAACAGCGAUGAUCUCAGCCAACUCAACCAUGAUCAAAUUGUGUUCAUUCUGCCUGCCACCAGAACAAAAGUCCCCAGUGGCGACGGUUAUUUGAUCUACAGCCUCAUCGAGGCGUCGCCUGAAACCAUCAAAAUCGACAAUAGUGAUGGUGUGGAUGAAAAGCAACAGCCCUUCAAGCUCGAGGUAACACACGUCUCGCAACUACCGAAGGAUCCGGACCUCGCCCAGCUCUUACUACCACAACACCCGACAGACGGGGAAGGAUCCCAGCUCCCGCCGCCACAUCUCCGAUCGGACACCCACAUCAUCGUUAGUACCAGAUCUGGCAUCCGACUGGCUGUUCCCUUUUACGAGGUGGUGCUGAGGCCGUUGUUGGAUGCGCUCGGACUUGAGGAUGGCCCAAAGUCCGAGCGGGGUUAUCGAUAUGAGGUGACCAUCACGGAAAACGAGCACACAAUUCGGGAUUUUGCCUCGACACAUCUCACCAAGGAUAGGGCGAGAAAGAGGACGAUUGUGCUGCUGAGUGGGGAUGGAGGGGUGGUGGACUUGCUGAAUGGGAUUGGGGAGGCGCAGGAGCAUCAUGAUACCAAUGAGGUGCCCACUGUUGGGAUUUUGCCGUUGGGCACGGGGAAUGCGCUUUUUCACAGCUUGCACAAGCUUGAAUAUGGGAGGUAUCCAGAGGGGAAGGGGCCAAGCUCGUUGGUUUUGGGGCUGAGGACUUUGUUUACGGGGCGGCCGGAGAGGUUGCCGACUUUUAGGGCCGAGUUUUCUAGGGGGGCGAAGUUGAUCGGGGCGCCCAAGCCGAUUGUGAAGGACGGGGAGGUGGAGGAUGAGGUUGGGAAAGGGUUGAAGGAGGUGGAUCAUCUUGUGGGCGCGAUUGUGGCUUCUUAUGGGUUUCAUGCAAGUUUGGUUUGGGAGAGUGAUACACCUGCAUAUAGGGUUCAUGGGGAUAAGAGGUUCGGGAUGGCGGCGGGGGAGUUGUUGAAGGAGUCGCAUGCCUAUGAUGCUGAUGUCGAAGUGCGGCUGAAGGGUCAGGAGGAAUUCAAGCCGUUGGUGAGGAGGGGGAAGGGUGAGGAAGGUGUAAAAUAUGACUAUGUGCUGGCAACCAUGGUGUCAAACUUGGAGAAAACGUUUACGGUCAGUCCGGAUAGCAAGCCGUUCGAGGGACAGCUGAGGUUGGUGCAUUUUGGGGAUGUGGGCGGGGAGAAGACGAUGGAGAUUAUGCAGGCGGCAUACAGGGGAGGGGAGCACAUCAAGAUGGAGGAAGUUGGGUAUGAGGAGGUCGAGGCUGUAAAGGUAGUUAUCAAAGAGGAAGAUCCUAGGUGGCGGAAGGUGUGCAUCGAUGGCACUAUUGUAGAGGUUGAGAAGGGGGGCUGGAUGAAGGUUAGAAGGGAGAGGGGGGAGAGACUGAAGGUUUUAGUUGCAUAA